AUGAAUUUGAUAUACAUUUCUGUAGCUAUUAUUCUGCCAUUUCUUAUAAGAUUUCAGCCCAAAAAAACAGAUUCAACAGCUACCCCUGAAGUUCCUACUACAACAACAGAACCUAAACAAAUAAAUAAACUCGACUCACCAAUUCAAUCAGUACCUAUUAAUAAGAAUCCACCAAAAUCCAUUAAUAAGGAAGCAAAGAAACGAGCUCAAAAUUUCAGUCCUUACAAAGACACAGUGUUUACAGAAGAUAAAGAAAUGAAAGAAAACAACCUCAAAGCUCAAAAUGGCCCAGCGCCAGAGCCUCUUAUCCCAGCAAACUUUGAUUUAGAUUUCGAAGGUGUUGCAAACUUAGAAAUAUCUCCAGGGGUAUUUGUUCUCCACAAUUACUCGGCUACUCGCUCAUCUAGAAAGUUCAAUUUCAAUAACUAUUCAAUAGAUAUUGUUACAUUUGAUUCCGGAUUCAUGAAGGAGCAUUUCGUAUGGCUCCCACCUUUCAAAUGGUAUUUACCAAACGGCUUGACAAAGAAACAAAUAGAUCUCUUCUGGAAACAGCCAGAAAAUCAUUGGCAUUUCGAUGACUCAAAUAUGUGGCAUACAGGUGUUGUAUGGGAAAUUACUAAUGGAGAAAUGUCUCAUUGCAAUGAAGAUAAGUGUAAAAACCAUAAUUACACUCAUCACUUGAAUUACUGCGAAUGGCCAAAGCCAACAUCUAAUCCACAGUUCAAAGGAAACUUAUUUGCCUUCGGUGGCCAUUUAAUUGAAAUUUUCCAGCACUUUUUCGAUAAUGGCGUUCCACAUAUGGCUUUCGCUUCAAUUGCUACUGGUAUUGAUCCUAAGGAUGUUACUGUAUCAACAGCAGCAUGCAAUGGUAUCACACAACAAAUUGUCCAGCGUCUUGGCUUCAAAAUUAAAACGUCUUGCGCAUCUAAGUCGGCAGUUGUCUCCGCAACGAAUCUCAUUGUUAUUCCAAGUAUGAGAGUCUUACAUCCAGCAUAUUACGAUUGGUACAGAAUGAAAAUGAACCUUCCUCAUCCAGAACAAAAAGAUAUUAUUAUUAUUCCAAGAGGUGGAGGCGCCGGCGGUGGUAAUGCCCGUAUUAUUUAUAAUGUAAGAGAUAUAAAGGACCCGCUUGCCAAAAUCCACGGAAACGACCAUGUUAUAAUUCAUAACGGCGGCGGAGGCCUUGAUGACUUGAUUAGGACGUUCUCAAAGGCUAAAGCAAUUGUGGGUCCUCAUGGCGGUGCUUUCUACAACCAAUUCUUCGCAAAUGAGGGAACAGAUAUUAUUGAGAUGAUUCCGCAGAUGAGCAGUGGUAAAUAUCCGAAACAGAACCACUGGGACAGAUUAAUUCCGUUUGCUCACCUUUCUAUGUAUUCUAACACUUUACUUCUUAGAGAAAACUUCUGGAGAUAUAUAACAAUGGAUGUUGAUAUCAACUUUAAUAUUAAUAUUGAUGAUUUCAUGAAAUGGUCAAAACAAGUUCCAUCAUUGAAAUAA